AAAAAAGGGGUUGUUUUGGGUGGUUUUUUGCUGUUUUAAGGGAGGUUUUGAGCUCCCGGCAAGCAGAAGUUUGGAUGUUGUGCGUGUUUGGCUGUUGGGAAAAGCUGUCCCUGCUCGGGAAUGUUGCAAUCCUGGAGGAGCACGGGCUGGGUUUCAGCGCUCCGGGGGUAAUUCCGGGCUGAUUUUCCCUUUUUGUCUGCCUUGAAAGGAGCAGUGAAAGGAGGGGGAGGGGGGGGGUUGGGGGCUCCCCACCCUUCCCCCGACCCCGCGUGACUCGGGAUUGGGAAACCGAGCUCAAUCCAGCUGGGAAAUAAACAGGAGCGUUGGGAAAGAGCCCCGGCCCAGGUGUGGAGCUGGUGGUUGGGUUACUGGGCUGGAGCCCUGCCAGGAGCUCGUUCCUCGCUCGCUUUUCCUCCCCAGCCGGCCUGGGAGAGCUGGACUGGCAGCUGGAUUUGGUUUUCCUGCUCGAGCCACAACCUUUGGGAAGGCUGGGAUGGAAUUCCAGGCCCUGGAGCUGCUGCUGUGGCUGUGGCAGGGCUGCUUUUGGCACGGCACAUCCGAGGCUCCCAGGGGGUCUUGGGGGGCUGCUCCGUGGCCUUGGGUCCUUCCAGGGUCACGGAAUGGGGGCGGUCAGUGGUGAUCCAUGUCCUCAGGUCCUUUCAGGGUUGUAGAGGGGGUGUCAGUGGUGAUUCCCAGCCUUGGGUCCUUCCAGGAUUAUGGAGUGAGGUUGUCAGUGCUGAUCCAUGUCCUCGGGUCCUUCCAGGGUAGAGGAAUGGAAUUGUCCGUGGUGAUCCAAGGCCAUGGAAUGGGGUUGUCAGUGCUGAUUCCCAACCUCAGGUUCUUCCAGGGCCAUGGAGAGGGGCUGUCAGUGCUGAUCCAUGUCCUUGGGUCCUUCCAGGGUUGUAGAGGGGGUGUCAGUGCUGAUUCCCAGCCUUAGGUCCUUCCAGGGCUAUGGAAUGGGGCUGUCAGUGCUGAUUCCCAGCCUUAGGUCCUUCCAGGGUUGUGGAAUGGGGGUGUCAGUGCUGAUUCCCAGCCUUUGGGUCCUUCCAGGGUUGUGGAAUGGGGGUGUCAGUGCUGAUUCUCAGCCUUGGGUCCUUCCAGCAUCGCUCUGGCACCUCCCAAAUCCCGCCUGGCCCUGGAAAAGCGGGAUUUGAGCGGUGCCAGCUGCCCGGGGAGCAGCCGGAUGCCGGGAGCCGCUGUCAUGUGGUGCAGCAGCAGGCAGGGAUCGGGAACGGGGUGUGGGAAUGGGUGUGGGAAGCGCUGGGAGCGCCGCAGAGACAAAGCUGGAGGUUGUUCCGGGGCUGGAGGUGAUGCAGGAGCAGCGGGAUGCUGCCCUGGGAAUUCUGUCCCGCUUUUCCCUGCGGGUUUUUCCCCUGUGGGUUUUCCCUGCCCGCAGGGGUCUCCCGGCUCCGGAGGGUUGCGGGAUCCGGGGGGAAAAUCCCACUCUGGGUUGGCAGCCGGCGACCUUGGAGGUGCCAGAGGGACACGGGACACGAGGCCGAGCUUGUGCUGCUUCCCUGGGGAUGGAGGGAGGCGAUUCCCGGCCUCGGGAAUGGCGAAGGCUCGGCUGGAGUGCCUUGUGCAAGGUCACUCCCGGAGCCUCGGCCGCCCUUCCCCACUCUGGCAAUUCCCGGCCGAGUCUGAUCCCAGUGCGGCACAAGGAAGCAGGGAUCGGGUUUUGGGGGGGGAUUUGGGAAGGGAGAGGCCGGGAGCUGCGUUUUCCAGAGGCCUCCACGGGGCCUGGAUGUGCUGGCGGCGGGAGCCAGCCCCGGCUGGGGGAGAUCUGCGGCUGCACCUUCCGCGCUCCCGGCGCUUCCCGCGUCCCUGCUGCUCCCCAGGGCUCAGUUUUCCGUGUUUUUCCCCCAAACCCUGCCUGGACAGGAGGGGGGAGGCCGUUGUGGCUCCAGGAAAUCCCGUCUGGCUCCCACGUCACUCCCUCACACCAUCCCGGCGCCCUCCUCCUCCUCCCCCAACUCGCUGCUCCCACUCUUCAUUUUUUGGGGUUUUUUCUUAAAUUUUUUUUUUUAAUUUCUGGGGUGGGAUUUUUCACCCCGACUCUACGGGAAACUCGGAGCAGCCGCAAAUCUUCCCAGCGGGAAUAUCCCGGCAGCUCUGCGGCUCCUCGGGAGCACCUGCAGGGCUCUCCCUCCAUCCCGCCGUGGCCGGGCCGGGCGGGGAUGGAGCUGCAGAUGGCUCCGGGGCCGGGCUGGAAAUUUUUCCAUGACUUUUCCUGGCACCUUGCGACUCCCGGUGGGUUGUGCGGGCCAGGCGCGACCUUGCCGGGGGAAUACGGGCGAUAUAAGUAAUUUUGGGAAGCUGGAACUCGCUCCGGGAAUGCUGUGCGGGGGGUUUUUUUUUGGUUUUUUUUUUUUUGGGGCGUUGCAGCA